AUGGCUUCCCCGGCGUCCUCUGCUUCCGGUGACCUCAACCCGUUCGCCGUCCUUGAGCCACCCACCGCUGCAGCCCUCCGCCAUGUCCCAAUUCAUGACCACAUCCCCAUCACCCUCGACCUACACACUCCCUCCUUCUCCACCUGGCGUACGUAUUUCUCUCUGACGUUCCGCGAGUUCGGCAUCCGCAACCACGUCGACGGAUCAGUGGAUGCCAUGGCCAUGCAGCAUGAUGUCCACUGGCUCGCUGUGGAUGCCACCAUCGUCAAGUGGCUCUAUCGCACGGUGUCUCGCGAGAUUCUCCCGCACAUCAUCCGCGACAACGACACCGCGCUGGGCGCCUGGACCUCCAUCUGUCAGCUCUUCCUCGACAAUCGUCUCCAGCGCCAGGUACUGUUAACCACAGAGUUCUACAGCCUGACACAGGAUGGGAUGGGGCUGUUCGACUACUGCUUGCGCCUCGAGGUCCUCGCCGACGAGCUGCGCGACGUGGGCGCGGCCGUCUCCGACGCCACCAUGCUCACGAACCUCAUUCGUGGGCUGGGUCCCGACUACGCCAACGCCGCCUCCAACCUCAACCUGCUGACGGAGCCGACCUUCGCGCGCGCCGUCAACUACCUGCGCCUCGAGGAACGGCGCAUGCGGCACGCCUCGCUGCAGCGCACCCAGACGGCCCUGGCCGUCGGCACCACGCGCGCUCCGGCCGCGCCCAACCCCGUCCCCGCGGCCCCUCAGGCGGCCGCGUCUCCACCCGGCAACACCCGCAAGAAGAAACGCGGGAACGACGGGCGUCCACGCUCCUCCGGCCAGCCUUCGGCCGGGCCUCGUCCACCAGCUCCGCCGGCUGCACUGGCGCCAUGGUUCGGCGGGGUCAACCCAUGGACGGGCGUGGUGCAUGCCUGGGCCAUGCCCCCGACGCGCGCGCCGCAUCCCGGCAUCCUCGGCCCGCGGCCCGCGGGUCAUCAGGCGCUGCUCGCCGCGCCCCAGCCCAGCGGGGUCCCUCCUUCGCCGCCCUCUUCGUGGCCGCCGGCGCCUACCUUCUUGUGA